AUGCCAACCAGUAGCGUCGCCGCCCAGGGCAGCAGUAGUGGUAGCGGCGGCGGCUCUGCGUACAGGGCUGGGGAGAGGUCUUCCGCGUCAUCCUCCUCGUCUCAUGACGGGACUUUGGAGACUGACCACGCCGGACCAUCGUAUUCGUCACCGUCGCGCGGGUUGGCAUCGCAGGACGGCGAUCAGCAGCGCCCCUAUGAAGACGAUGAUUCAACGCUCAUUUCUGUGGAGUAUAUCCAGCGGCUUUGGCUCAUGCGAGCAAUCAGCCGCACUGUGCUCGCCCCGCUCGAGCGCGUGAAGUACGUCAUGCAGUGCCAAAAGGAGCUCCAACGCGCAGGUGUCCUUCAGUGCGAGUUCAAGACCGUGUGGUCCUGUGUGCGCUACCUGAAGCACAUGGAGGGGGCGCGGAGCUUCUGGCGCGGCAACCUCAUCCAGGUGGUCUCGCUUCUGCCUAUACUGCUCGCGCAGAUAUUUGUUGCGUACCCAACACAAUCGUUCAUCUUCAACUCCUGUGUGGCGCAUUCCGUAGCGGGCUACACGGCGGCCAGCUACGCCGCCCUUCUCGGGGGUGCACUAGCGGCCACUGCGGUGAGCUACCCCCUGGAGUACGCGCGGUUUCGUCUCGCCGUCGAUGUCAAGUCCCACGUCGGCGCCCCGUACCAGUUCCGCAACAGCUUUGUGUUCUUCUCCCAUCCCGUGAUGAGCGAAUGCCCCCACUUCCUCUACCGCGGCCUCACUCUUUUUAUCUUCGGCAGCGUUGUUUACCAGUCUCUGCAGAGUGUUCUGCUGAACCUCGUGGCGCCGUACGUACCGCCAGACGAGGAAGGCAGCGGUUGGACCCCGGCGAUUAUACAAACAGUGUGUGGUUUGGCGGUAUCUGGCACGACAACCCUGUGUCUUCAUCCGGUGGACCUAGUGCGCCAUCGCAUGAUGGUCGCCGUUAUGGAGGACCGGCUGCGGUACUCAUCCACCAUGAAGUGUGUGGCCCGCAUCGCGCAAAAGGAGGGUGUCCGUGGCUUCUUUCGUGGCGGGACCGUUACUCUGACGAAGAUGAUAGCGGCGACGGGGCUUGUCUUGGCGGGGCUGCCGUACUAG